AUGGUUCAGAAAAAGUCCACGAAGAAAUUCGAGAAGAAACAUCUCAAGGACACUCUCGAACGGCGCAAGGCCUCCGCAAAGAUCAAGCAGCGACACCAGCAGAAUGAGAGACGCAAGGCCGAUAAUGCCAAACAACGCGCGGAAAACGGUGGUGCCGCUGAGGAGGAGCCAGAGCAGGCCAAGAAGGCAAAUGCCUUUGCGGAAAUGAACGUCGAUGAUUUCUUUUCGGGCGGUUUCGAUAUUGCGAAUGCCGAUGCGGAUCAGUCGAAGCCUAGCAAGAAGAAGGAUGUUUCGCCGAAGAUCGGGAAGCGCAAGCGAUCCGAAGGCCAGGAGCAGGACGACGAGGCUUCCGCGGGUUUAGGUGAGGAGGAAGAUGCGCAGAGUGACGACGACGCGUCGCAGGCUAGUGGCCCAGACGACAUCGGAGAACACAAGAACCAAUUGGAAGCAUUGAAGGAGAAGGACCCAGAAUUUUACAAAUACCUAAAGGAGAACGAUGCCGAAUUGCUCGACUUUGGUGACCACGGAGACCUGUCUGAAGUUGAUGCGCUGAGUGAGGGAGAAGAGGAGGAAGGGCCGGCCAAGAAGAAAAAGAAGGGCAAGAAAGACGAGGAUGAGGAUGAGGAGAUGGUGGAUAACACACUUAAUAUGGUGACUGUGAAGAAGUGGCAGAAAUUGAUGGAAGAGCAAUAUUCGAUCAGAGCCAUGCGACAGGCCGUGCUCGCUUUCCGGUGCGCAGCAUACCUCAACGAAGCGGACCAAGAGGAGAUGAAGUACUCGAUUCGCGACUCGAAUGUGUAUCACCAAGUUCUCGUCACUGCGCUCAACAUGGUUCCCCGGGUCCUGGCUCACCAUCUCCCAGUCAAAGAGACUGGUUCCGGCAAAAUUAAACUGUCUCUUGAGACCAAGAAGUUCAAGACGCUCACGCCUCUUAUCAAAUCGCACACUGCGUCCGUCCACCAGCUGCUCAGCAACCUGUCCGAUGCUCAGACUUUGAAGAUGACUCUUUCGUCCGUCGAGCCCAUGCUCCCUUACCUUCUUCAAUUCAGAAAGCUGCUUAAGACCCUGGUCAAGAUCGUCGUCGGGAUCUGGGCCGAUGUCUCCACCACCGAAGCAACUCGCAUCGUCGCAUUCCUCCUCCUACGCCGAUUAAUGGUCAUCGGAGAUGCAGGAAUUAAGGAGACGGUGCUCAAGGCCUCGUACGAAGGCGUGGUCAAGGGCAGCCGCAACACAACCAUCCACACCCUCGCCGGCAUCAACCUCAUGAAGAACUCGGCAACCGAACUCUGGGGCAUCGACCAGAACGUCUCCUACACAACGGGCUUCAACUUCAUCCGCCAACUCGCCAUCCACCUCCGCAGCAGCAUCACCAACACAACCAAGGAGUCCUACAAAGCAGUCUACAACUGGCAAUACAUCCACUCCCUCGACUUCUGGUCCCGCGUCCUCUCCCAACACUGCGACGGCCUCGUCGAAGCCCAAGCGGGCAAACAAUCCGCCCUUCGCCCCCUCAUCUACCCCGUCGUCCAAAUUGCCAUCGGAGCAAUGCGCCUUAUCCCAACAGCCCAGUACUUCCCGCUCCGCUUCCAACUCACCCGCGCCCUCCUCCGCCUCUCCCGCGCAACGGGCACCUACAUCCCCCUCGCCCCCUCCCUCCUGGAAGUCCUCAACCUCGCCGAGAUGCGCAAGCCCCCGAAAUCAAGCACCCUCAAACCCCUCGAUUUCAACACCACCAUCCGCGCCCCGAAAUCCUACCUCCGCACACGCACCUAUCAAGACGGUGUCGGCGAGCAACUCGCCGAACUUUUCUCGGAGUUUUUCGUCCUGUGGACCAAACACAUCGCGUUCCCGGAACUCUCCGUCCCCGUCGUCGUCAUGCUCAAGCGCUGGCUGAAACAGGCCUCAUCGCGACAUGGCGGAAACAAGAACUCCAAGAUCAACCAGAUGAUCCUGCUUCUCGUGCAGAAGGUCGAGGCUAACGCGCGGUGGAUCGAGGAACGUCGGUUGAGCGUUACGUAUACGCCUCGGAAUCGCGCGGAAGUCGAGACUUUCCUCAAAGAUGUUAGCUGGGAAGCGACGCCGCUGGGCGCAUUCGUGAAGAACCAGCGGAAGUUGCGCGAGGAGCGUGCUGCUGUCCUUGAGGAGGGGAGACGCGAGGAAGAGAAGCGGAGGAAGCAGGAGAAGGAGGAGAAGGAUGUGCCGAUGGCGGAUGGGUUUGGUCCUAGCGAUGAUGAUAGCGAGGAAGGGGAGAAUGAAGGUGAUGUUGGUGCUUCUUCUGGCGGUGAUGAGAAUGAAGAGGAGAGUGAGGAGAAUGAAGAGGAAUGGGAAAAUGAGAGUGAGGAGGAGGAGGAAAUGGAGGGUGAGAUGGAAGAGGAGUAG